UCUCUCCCUUCGUCCUCUUCUUCCAAUUCAUUAUCCCCGAACACAAGAGAACGAUCAAGAUCCUCUGGGAAAGAAACAUAGAGAGAGAGAGAGAGGAGCAGACAUUAAUGGCAGAUUCAAAGCUUGUAUUCUCUGCUUCGGCAUUGUUACUAACAAUGCUCUUCGUCGGCGUCAACUCGUCAAGCUCAAGGUCUAAUGAAACAUGGCAUGAAGAUGCAGUUGAGCAUCCACAUGAAGUUGCUGCCACCGUCGACAUGAGCAUCCGUAACAGCACCGAGCGGAGAAAGUUAGGGUAUUUCUCGUGCUCGACCGGGAACCCGAUCGACGAUUGCUGGAGAUGUGACCGGAAAUGGCAUCUCCGGAGAAAGCGUCUCGCCGAAUGCUCCAUUGGAUUCGGCCGCAACGCCAUCGGAGGCCGCGAUGGUCGUUACUACGUCGUGAGCGACCCGGGCGACGACGACCCGGUUAACCCGAGACCCGGAACCCUCCGUCACGCCGUGAUCCAAGACGAGCCUCUCUGGAUUGUCUUCAAGCGGGACAUGGUCAUAACCCUAAAGGAAGAGCUCAUCAUGAACAGCUUCAAGACCAUCGAUGGCCGUGGAGUCAAUGUUCACAUCGCGAACGGUGCUUGCAUCACGAUCCAGUUCGUGACGAACAUUAUCAUUCAUGGGAUUCAUAUACAUGAUUGUAGGCCUACCGGUAACGCCAUGGUUAGGAGCUCGCCGUCGCAUUACGGGUGGAGGACGAUGGCCGAUGGUGAUGGGAUUUCGAUUUUUGGGUCGAGUCAUAUUUGGGUUGAUCACAAUUCUCUGUCGAAUUGCGCCGAUGGGCUCAUCGAUGCUGUGAUUGCUUCCACUGCAAUCACCAUCUCCAACAAUUACUUCACUCACCAUAACGAGGUUAUGUUGUUGGGCCAUAGUGAUACCUACACUAGGGACAAGGUGAUGCAGGUCACUAUUGCUUACAACCAUUUUGAUGCCGAGGUGAAAGAUCGCUCGCGCAGGUGUCGGCAUGGAUAUUUCCACGUUGUAAACAACGACUAUACCCAUUGGGAAAUGUAUGCAAUUGGCGGAAGUGCUAGUCCCACCAUUAACAGCCAAGGCAACCGAUAUCUCGCACCGACAAACCCUUUUGCCAAGGAGGUGACAAAGAGAGAGUAUGCAGGGCAAUCGAAAUGGAAGCACUGGAACUGGAGAUCAGAGGGAGAUCUCUUCCUAAACGGAGCUUACUUCAGACAGUCUGGUGGAGGUGCUGCAUCAAGCUAUGCUCGAGCUUCAAGCUUAGCAGCCAAAUCUUCCUCCCUCAUCGGGACCAUCACUUCCAAUGCAGGUGCUCUUACCUGCAGGCUUGGUCGCCGGUGUUAACCCUUCUUCACAAUCUCCGACACAAACAGAGAAAGAAACAUGUGAAUCUCCUCCCAAACAGUGGAUAAAGUAGUAGUAAAAAACCUCAUUUUUCUUAUCUCCUAUUAUCCAAACAGAAAAAAGUUCAGCAAAGUCCACUCUUUUCUUGCCUCUCUGGUUACAAUGGAUGAUUUCAAUUUAGAAAAAGGUGUGUAGGUGGUGGAUCCACGUGGCGGUUUAAUGCUAAAGUGGGUCCAUAUGUGGAAACAGAGAAGAGACAAGAUGCAAAUGAAGCCAUAUGGGGUGUUAUUAUAGAAGAAAUAGUGUGUUGUUGGUUGUUAAAAGAACAGAAGGGUGUCUUUUCAUUGGCAUGUGAGUUUUGUGAUUUUUCUGACUCCAUUACAUAAUGGCUUCAGGAAACUGUUCUCUUU